ACAGCAAGUGUCUCCAGCCACACGGGCCAUGGCAGCUUUGGGGCAGGAGGCUGCGGCAUCUGUUUUAACUUCCUUAAACAUUUUCAGGCCAUUACAGUUGGUCUGUAGCUUUGAGCGGCCCUUGAAAAUCACACUCCUGGUUCUUACUUAUUGGGUCCCUGCCCUGGGCCCAGCACUGUGCUUACUUCUUGAUGUUUUUUGGCUUUCUGUCUCACAACCCAAGUAUUUGGAACAUACUGUGCCUGUCUUUCCCAUUUCACAGAUGAGGACAACUGAGGUCUAUGGAGUAAGUUAAGCGCCUCGCUCAAGGUCUCGUAGCUAUCAAGCAAUAGCAGUGAGGUUCAAACCCAGGGCUGUCCAGCCCCACAGCUAGGGGGCCCAACCACCACCCAGUUAUACCUGUGGGUAACUUUUCCAAGGACGCUUGAGGCACCCGUGGGGGUCUCUGAUGUCAUUAUGUGUGGACAUCAGAGGGAUCUGCUCUGGAGAUACCAGAACUCCCAGAGGGCAGCCGAGUGUCUCGCUGCGGGUGGGAUUUGGUGGACAGUCACUUUCUGGAACCACGACUGUGAGAACUUGUCCCGCUGAAUGUGCCUGAAAGAAUUACUGGUUCUGCCUGCGGGAUCUGUGGGUAGUUACGGGACCCGAGGACUCUGAAGACUGUAUACAAACACCAUAUUUGUGUUGGGCAAAUUCUCGGGAGAAGGUCCGCAGGUCUCACACUGUUUCAACUUGUGUGGGCAUCACCCCAAAGAGACGUUACCAUUGCCUCCCAUCUCCCCUGGGACGGCCCGGACCACAGAGGCUGAUUCUGGAUCCAAUGGGAUCUCCUUCCCUGGAAGGUUGCACUGGCUGAAUUAUGUGCCGGCAUACUGCUCACCUUGAAGGAUGUUUGGAACACAGCCCCAUGAAACUCAUCCUCGGGCUUAUUAGGUACGAGUUCUUGAGGAUGGCAGGCUGUGCUCAGGACUCUCUCUAGCAGACCCCUCCGGAGAAAUCUUGUGCUGGAUUCAGUACCAGGAAUGGCUGGGCAUCUCUUGAGCGGAUGUUGUAAUUCUCAUCUCAUGGAUCCUGUGAAACAUGAAGUGACGUAUUUCCCUUUUCCCAUUGGCAGCCAGGCAGCUCUGACCCAGCUGGGUUGCCUGGAAGUGUCUUGGCUCUUGUAUGCUAACCUAGCUUCUGGUUCUUUCAGACUUCAUACCCUUGUUUUUCACUUGCCUCAUUUCACGACCUCACUUUUUUUUUUUUUUUUAAGGAAGAAAAAAAACCCUUGCUGAUUUACAUGUUUUAGCCUUAACUAAACAAACAUCUCUGGUGGGUCAGCCAUGGCUACCGCUAGCUACCGCAGACCCAGGGAUUAAGCACUUCCUUUCUGCAGUCUCUCCCAGAGGCUUGUUUGCCAACUCCUUCCUCCCCGUUCUGUGCCCCCUGCCCCUUGCUCCAGUUCCUGGGGCUCCAGAGAGCCCCGGGGCUCCAGGCUACUGGCCCCAGAGGCUGGUUGGAAAUCUCAUGUUCAGGAACUUUAUUCUUUACCCUCCCUAUCUCCACAGAGCUCUACAAGCUGUUUUUAGGAAGAAAAAGGCGGGGGGGCAUCAUUUCCCCAACUCAGGCUUCUGCUCCUCCUGGCAGUCCCUGUCCCCUGGGAGGUCUCCCUCUUUUUCAGCUCCUGACCUGUGUGUCUCAGCAGCACCCGCUGACUGCCAUCCUUUGUGGCCUGCCUGAGCAGACAGAGCCCAGUUCUGGCUGGAAGCUUCCUCGCCUGUGAAAUGGAGCUAAUCCUGGCUUCCCCGUGAUGCUCCCGUGCGGAAUGAAAUGCACGAAUGCAGGUAAAGGGCUUAGGAAGUAUUCGACGGAUGCUAACUGAAAUAAUGCCACAGUCUUGGGUUUGUACUUAGAAUCCGCCAACAGCAUCCAGGUCGGGAACGCUCCCUGGUCCACUUACGUUUUGAGUUUUAGGUAGCUGUUCCCGUCUCCGGUGUGGUUGGAAGAAGAACCUCCCUCCUUGGCUGUCCCUUCUGCGCGGUUCUCGGUGUCUGGGCUGUCCGGACGGAGCUGUUAUUUCCACGUGGAGGUCUGGGUCUGUUGGCCACAGGGCUGCUGCACAGGUUGGGACUGCCGGCUAGGCCAGGAGACCUGGCAGCUGCGGACUCUAUAGCUUGGAGCAGCCCUUCUUUGACCUCGCAUGGUGGAGAAGCAGCCCCAUGAAGGUGCCCAGCCAUGCAAUGUUCCUGGAAGGCCGUCCUCCUCCUUGCCCUGGCCUCAAUCGCCAUUCAGUACACGGCCAUCCGCACCUUCACCGCCAAGUCCUUCCACACCUGCCCGGGGCUGGCGGAGGCGGGGCUGGCCGAGCGGCUGUGCGAGGAGGGCCCCACCUUCGCCUACAACCUCUCCCGCAAGACCCACAUCCUCAUCCUGGCCACCACGCGCAGCGGCUCCUCCUUCGUGGGCCAGCUAUUCAACCAGCACCUGGACGUCUUCUACCUGUUCGAGCCCCUCUACCACGUCCAGAACACGCUCAUCCCCCGCUUCACCCAGGGCAAGAGCCCCGCGGACCGGCGCGUCAUGCUGGGCGCCAGCCGCGACCUCCUGAGGAGCCUCUAUGACUGUGACCUCUACUUCCUGGAGAACUACAUCAAGCCGCCGCCCGUCAACCACACCACCGACAGGAUCUUCCGCCGCGGGGCCAGCAGGGUGCUGUGCUCCCGCCCCGUGUGUGACCCCCCCGGGUCCCCCGACCUGGUGCUGGAGGAGGGGGACUGCGUGCGCAAGUGCGGCCUGUUGAACUUGACGGUGGCCGCCGAGGCCUGUCGUGAGCGCAGCCACGUGGCCAUCAAGACGGUGCGGGUGCCCGAGGUGAACGACCUUCGGGCCCUGGUUGAAGACCCCCGGUUAAACCUCAAGGUCAUCCAGCUGGUCCGAGACCCGCGUGGCAUCCUGGCCUCCCGCAGCGAGACAUUCCGCGACACUUACCGCCUCUGGCGGCUCUGGUAUGGCACGGGGAGGAAGCCCUACAACCUGGAUGUGACGCAGCUGACCACGGUGUGCGAGGACUUCUCCAACUCUGUGUCCACUGGCCUCAUGCGGCCCCCGUGGCUCAAGGGCAAGUACAUGUUGGUGCGCUACGAGGACCUGGCCAGGAACCCCAUGAAGAAGACCGAGGAGAUCUACGGUUUCCUGGGGAUCCCCCUGGACAGCCAUGUGGCCCGCUGGAUCCAGAAUAACACGCGGGGCGACCCCACCUUGGGCAAGCACAAAUACGGCACCGUCCGAAACUCGGCGGCCACGGCCGAGAAGUGGCGCUUCCGCCUCUCCUACGACAUUGUGGCCUUUGCCCAGAACGCCUGCCAGCGGGUGCUGGCGCAGCUGGGCUACAAGAUGGCCAUGUCGGAGGAGGAGCUCAAGAACCCCUCCGUCAGUCUGGUGGAGGAGCGGGACUUCCGCCCUUUCUCGUGACGAGGGCUGCGUGGGCGGGGGUGAGGGGCACAUGGUGUCGGUUUUGAUAAAAUGGACCGUUUUUAACUGUUGCCUUAUUUCCCCCUCCCUCUCCCGCCCGGUCUUUGUGUCCUUCCCACCGCCCCACCCCCACCCCAACAGGCCCCGCCCACCCUCCACUCCUUCUGCCUCUUUUUGUCUCUGAAAUUUGCACUAUGUCUUGGACAGGAAUCACUGGGGCAGAGGGGGCGUGAAGCGGGGUAGAGCCCCCAGCCCACCCCCAUUCAGACACAUGGCUGUUGGGUCUCCGCGUGGAUGGUGACAAUGUUUACAAGCACCACACUCACACAUUCACAUACGCACACAUGCACACACACGGGCGCCCACGAGGAGAGAUACCCCCAAACCGCGGAACUUCUGCAGCAUUUCCAGUGGCCCAGUAGUUGGGGUCUGGUAGUUUUGCACUGUCUUACUUCCACAAGGUAAGAGGGUAAAAACAAAAAGGCCACCUCUCUCUAAUUUAUGAAUGGUGUCUAAUCCCUCCCCAUCCUGCUUCUGCCCCCAGUGCCCACUGCCCCCCCCAGCAGAGAACAGUCUGCACCCACUCCCCCUCCCCAGCCUGCCCUUGCCUGCCCCUGAGCAGGUUUUUACUGUGAGGUGAAUGUGGACCUUGUUUAUUUUUUCCAGUCUGUGGCGAUGCUGUCUGUCUGUCUGUCUGAGUCUUGUGGCUGCCCCUGGACCAGUGACGGCUGAUAAAUCUUAUGGGUUUCUGAUUGAUCUCGGGGUCCAUCUGUAAUAUUUCUUUGUGCCAAAAGAAAAAAAAAAAGUGGAUCAGUUUGCUAAAUGAACGUUGAAAUGCUUUAUCUGUGUUUUCUGUAAAUAAAAGAGUGCAAUAAUA